UGGAUGUGUUUCACUGCCUUCUAAUAUUCAGUAACGGUCUGUCUCUGGGGUUAGCGCUUCCUGGAUGAAACAGGAUUGUGGAUCAUAUUUAUCUACAAUCCAGAGAAUUACGCACUAAAACUGCUGGGGCACACUCGGAAAAUGCAGCCGCCGCCAUUUGAAACAGUAGGUAAAUUCAACAUGAAGCACUGUGGAUGUAGAUGUAACAUUAUUGUUCCUUUCGGAUAUCUAUUGUGUUACUAUCGGUCCCCCCCCAGGACGUGAGCAGUCACACAGCAGGAACGGGAUAGCCAGGAUUAACGAAGGUUGGCAAGUUGAAAUGAAAAUGUCGAAUACUGCAAUAAAAUCCGCUGGCCCAUACGACCCUCCUCUCCAAACACUGAUCCUGUGACGCGGCUGAGAGCAGCGCCGGGUGUAGGAUAGAUGUGGUGGAUGCCUGUGGAUGAUGCGCGCGCGUCAGGGACUAUCUGACCCCAGCUGGGACAACAGAGACUCAGUGAUAAAAAGCAACAUGGCAUCUCUAAUAGUCUGCCUGAAAAAAGGAGGGGUUUACGACAGGGAGGCAGAGGAGAAGAGCUCCAGGCGUCUGCACUGUCCUCCUGACUGACCGGCCCGCUGAAGUACCGGGAAGCCAAACCCACCAGUGUGAGGACUGGGAGACUGUAUAUAAAGGCCAGCAGCGGCAUCUGAGCGGGUGUCUGUCACCAAGUCAUCACCGGCCGCCUCUUGUGCCAUUUUGUCCUCCUGUAAACGAAUCUGGAUUAAACACUGUUCUAGUAUCAGGACAGCAUACACAAGGACCAGUCAUGUCUCAUGGAUGGGGAUACGGACGCACUAACGGACCUGCCAAUUGGGUGGAAGAAUUUCCAGUAGCUAACGGGCCCAGACAGUCGCCUAUCAACAUUGUCCCCAACGAGGCUCAGUAUGACUCCUCUCUGAAGCCUCUGAGACUCAAGUAUGACCCCUCUAAUACCAUGGGCAUUCUCAACAAUGGACACUCCUUCCAGGUGGAAUUUACGGAUGACACAGACAGUUCCACCCUGACUGGAGGCCCUGUUUCUGGAACAUACCGUUUGAAGCAAUUUCAUUUCCACUGGGGAGCCAGUGAUGACAGAGGCUCAGAACACACUGUAAAUGGCAUCAAGUUCCCCUGUGAGCUUCACCUGGUGCACUGGAACACUAAGUACCCUAACUUUGGAGAGGCAGCCAGCGAGCCUGAUGGACUUGCUGUGGUUGGGGUCUUUCUCAAGAUUGGUCCUGCCAACCCCAGACUUCAGAAGGUUCUGGAUGCCUUGGAUGCUAUUAAGGCCAAGGGAAAGGAGACCACCUUUUCAAACUUUGAUGCAAAGACUCUGCUUCCUCCUUCACUGCGUUAUUGGACUUAUGAAGGCUCUCUGACCACCCCCCCCCUGCUGGAGAGUGUCACCUGGAUUGUCCUCAAGGAACCAAUCAGUGUCAGCCCUGCACAAAUGGCCAUAUUCCGCAAGCUCCUUUUCACUGAAGAAGAAGAAGUUCCAUACCACAUGGUGGACAACUUCCGUCCUCCUCAGCCUCUGAAGGGCCGUGAGGUCCGCGCCUCAUUCAAAUAAACCCUACUUCAUCUUGAUAACUUCCUUUUUUAGAUUUUUAAAGGUCUAUUGAUGAAAGCCAAGAGUUAGCGUUACAGGCUACAGUGCUUAGGCAGCUAUAUAUUAUGGGAUCAUGCAUGUGUGCUGUAUGUUACAAUUAGAAAGCACACCUAGCUGAUGCUAUGUAUAGUAGAUGUAGGUCUAAAUUACAUACAAGGAUAUUUAUUAUAAGAGUCAUAAUAAUAAUAAUUCCUCAAUAUUUUAAAAAUAUAAAGAAUAUGCUUUGCCUGGUUUGGAAAAUGACUUUAUCAACUUCCAGAAGCUUUUUUUUGUGAGUGUGUUGUGCAUUGUGUUGCAGACAGCUGCAAUGACAGAAACUGACGUUUUUGGGCGUGACAUUUUUCAGUGCUGACUAUACAUUUGUGCAGUGGGCAAGGGCGUAGUUUUGCAUGGCAGGGCAGAAAGGUUCCUACCAAACCCAUGCUCCAGACCAGUAACACUGGUCUCAGAGUGCAGUGGCUGUGAGACGAGAGCGCAGGGACCGUCUACAAAGUGCAGCACUGAAAAGAGAGGCCUACUACAAAAAUAUUCAAUAAAUUUACUUUUACCCAGUGUAGUGUUACCAAAAUUACUUCACACAUCAAUGGCCAUUUGAUGGUUAUACUAGAACCCUUAGGACAAAUACAUUUUUUUCAGAAUUUGGGGUAAUUUUUAUUAGAAAAAUAUUCAAUAACUCCACUCAUACAUUGCAGUAUCACCAACAUCACUCAUCAUUAGGGUUGUCUGUGCAGAUUCUCAGUCAUCCAGGUCAUAAAAGCUGAAAGAAAAAAAAUCAACUGGACUAGAUUUCAAAUCUAGUCCAGUUGAUUUUUUCUAAGUUCUUUCAAAAUCAUUAGGGUUGCAAAAUUCCAUGAAUUUUCAAAGUUGGAAACUUUCCAUGGGAAUUAACAAGAUUAUAUGUCAAUAAACUGGAAAUUUGCAAACUUGCUGAUUAGCCUGUCACAGGGACCUUAGAGUUGAAAAAACUUCUUGCAGCAUAUUCUGAUUAAAUCAAUUAGCUUUAAUGCAAAAUCAGUUGCUUUCUACCCUGUGCAUUUCUCAGUCACAUGCACACAGCACACUACUUACUGCAGGGCUACUUAGUUCACGCCCCCCUGCAUGCACUGUGCAGUCCGUAGUCACAUGUAAAAAUAAUUUCUAGAAUCCUGCACACUACAGCAGGACUACUGAAGCAACACCAUUUGAGCCCAGGGACUACGUCCAGUCAAUUAGGUUUGAUGAUAUUAUUAGGGUGAAUAUAUUUGAUCAAAAGGUAUUAAAGUUUAACUGACAAAACACUAAAUCAAAAUGUGCUUUUAUACAGUAGCUAGCUAGGAAGCAGACAUGGAGGAUGUUGAUGAGGUCCAGGAAAAAGAGACCUGAAAGGUUGAAAGGAGUGCAAGGAAAAAUGCAGAAGCCAGGGAAUAUGUUAAUUUUAUUCAACAUUCAUUCUUUUUGUUGGUCAGUGACAGAAUACAUUAAAGUUCUACUCCAUCAAAAAUGUCAUUUUUUAAAUUGGCAUGAGUUUACAUGCAUGUAUGCUUAUGACCAAACAAAAUGUUUAUGUCGUUGUUUGCAUACAAUACAGUUUGUAUAAAUAACCUCAAAUUUCCAAUUAACUCCCAUAAAUUCCCAUGGAACGUUUUCAGAAUGUUUCCAGAAAUUUUCCAUCACUCUGCAACCCUACUCACCCUCAUGCACAGGCUAGAAACCCCAUGAAGAUGAAAUAUUUUGUUUGAAUUCAGCAUCAGGCAAGAGAAGCAGAGCAGGCUGAUGAGGGAACAGGUGCAUCUUCAGUGCUUCAAGUGAGGCUCUAAUUCGUGGGUAGAAUCAGGGAUUAAGGAGUAUGUUUUCAGGGGGUGGGGAUGUUGUCCCUACCAAUGUUGAGCUCAAACUUAUGGCCCUUGGCACUGGGGCCUUCACCCAUCAACUGGUGCUUUUAUCCAAGUAGAUUUUUAGACUUAGGAUCAUCUCAUGAUGAUAAUACUAUGUAGUGCUAUAGUACACUGUGAAGGAGAGUCCUAUAUAAUAUUGGCUAAUACAACUGCCCGAGGCCAUGUCCAUACUAAUGCAUGUAAAUAAAAGAUCCAGUGUUUCUUCUUUGUGCUAAUUUUCCAUCCACAUGGAUCUUUUUAUGCAAAAACCUCAGACACAUUGUGUUACUGUGAACAUGACUUUAACCAAUUCAUACUGUCAGAAACGGCGCGUAAUGCGGCCGAAAAGUGUUAGGUGAACUCAAUUAAAUGGCCAGACAAGGAAGUGUA